GUCAUUUAAAAGUGUCUUGAUUUCAUGACGUACUACGUAUAUAAAGUUAUAAACAGCACAGGAGGAGAGACACAGGAGCAAACAAUCAAGCGUGUCAGGUUGCGACUUGUGACAAACAUGCAUACGGACGCAGGCGACGAUUUUUCCGAGAGUUGCAGGAGCACGGAGCACUUCGUCCUUGUGCAUGGCGCCGGCCAUGGCGCCUGGUGCUGGUUCAGGCUCCUCCGCCUGCUCCAAGACUCCGGCCACCGUGUCUCCGCCGUCGACCUCGCCGGCGCGGCCGGCAGCCUCGUCGAUCCCAACCACGUCCGCUCCUUCGACGACUACAACGCGCCGCUCCUUGACCUCAUGGCCAGCUUACCGGCCGGCGACAAGGUAAUUUUGAUUGGACAUAGUGCAGGAGGUCUAAGCGUUGUCCAUGCAAUGCAUUUGUUUGGGGACAGAAUUAAGCAGGCAAUCUUCAUCGCAGCAACCAUGCUUCAGUUCGGCUACCAAACUGAACAAGACAUCAAAGAUGGUGUACCUGAUUUAUCCGAGCAUGGAGAUGUGUAUGACCUGACAUUUGGUCUAGGAGCUGAUCAUCCGCCUACAGCUGUGGCAUUAAGAAAGGAGUUCCAACGCAUUAUUCUCUAUCAACAAAGCCCCCAAGAGGACUCUGCACUAGCUUCCAUUCUACUCCGGCCAUGGCCAACGGCGCUCAGCACGGCCAGAUUCACCGGCGACGAUGGAGGAGUUGAGAGCUUCAUCGACAGGGUCCGCCGCGUCUACAUAAAGACGGAGAACGACCGGAUGGUGCAGCCGGAGCAACAGGAGGCAAUGAUCCGCCGGUGGCCGCCAAGCAAGGUGAUGGUCAUGGACACCGACCACAGCCCCUUCUUUUCCGCGCCGGAGCUUCUCUUCAACCUCAUCCUCAAGUCGCUGUGACCGCACCAUGCAUAUUCACAUUCCAAGCUAGAAGACGCUUCUCUCCUGCAUGAUGUACCUGCUGAUCACCAACGACUUCCUUGAUUCUACAAUAUGUGGUGUGUGUUUAUACACGUAAGAUUAGACCGUUACCAAGCAAAUCAACAAGGGUCUAGUGUUUUUCUUCCGCCUUACGCUCAAAUCAGUGUACAUUAACAGGACCUAUAUCACAUGGAAAAUAUGAAUACAGGAAUAAUAACAGGACAUAUAUUCCGCGGAGUUUUUUUUUUUAAGUAAAGUGUAUUGGCGGUCCUUAAUCUUGUAGGGUUGUCAUAUAGAUCCCUAAACUCUCAAAAUGCAUAUCCAAGUCUCAGAA